AUGGCUGCAGUACAAGCUUUCCAAUUCAUUGCAUUCAAACGAAAGGUUCCCAUCUCACCACCCAUUUCAGAGCACUGCUCGAAGGACAAAAUGAAUGUGCUCAGUUACCAGCCGGAGGGACACCUGCUGGACUCAGGUAGCCAGCUCCUGAGUAAUGAAAACAUCCAAGUGGCUUUGAACAGUCUACAAACAGUUGAUCUGUGCUUUAACGUGUUCUUUUUAUUUUACUUCGGACUGCGUUUCGUCGCAGCUGAAGACAAGCUUCGGUUCUGGUAUGAGCUCAGCUCCAUUGUAGACUUCUUCACCAUCCCUCCAGUUAUCGUCUCACUCUAUUUCCACAAGGACUGUAUUGGCUUGAGGUUCAUGAGGUCUCUCCGCCUGUUGCAAUUGCCUGAAAUACUGCAAUAUUUAAGGAUCCUGAAGAGAAAUACAAAAAUCAAAUUGGCAAGUUUGCUGUCUGUGUUUCUGGGCACGUGGUUUACAGCUGCUGGUUUCAUACACACGAUUGAAAAUUCAGGAGAUCCCUGGUUAGAAACACAUAAUGGACAAACCUUAACCUAUUGGCAGUGCGUCUAUUUACUUAUGGUCACCAUGUCAACUGUUGGAUAUGGUGACUUAACUGCCAGGACCACUGUUGGCCAGGUCUUCAUGGUAUUCUUUAUCAUCUUGGGCUUGGCCUUGUUUGCAAGUCAUGUCCCUGAGAUUAUAGAAAUUAUUGGGAGCCAUCGGAAAUACACUGGUAGUUACAGACGAUUCAUGGGGAAAAAAUAUAUCAUAGUCUGCGGUCAUAUUACUCUGAAUAGUCUCCAUGAUUUCCUGAAGGAUUUUACUUGCAAAGAAAGAGAGGAAAUUUCAACAGACAUUGUAGUUAUGGAGAACAUAAAACCUGGCCUUGAGCUUCAGGCCCUGUUCAAACGUCACACAACUCAGAUGGAGUUUUUCCAAGGAUCAGUACUCAACCCCAGUGAUCUGGACAGGGUUCGGCCGGACAAUGCAGAUGCCUGUUUGAUUUUGGCAGACAAAAACUGCCUGAACCCUGAAGCAGAAGAUUCUGCAAAUAUCAUGAGGGCAAUUGCUAUCAAGCAGUACUGGCCUGAAAUAAGAGUGAUUGCACAGGUACUGCAAUACCAUAGCAAGGCCUACCUGCAGAACCUCCCAAGUUGGGACAUGAAGAAGAGGGAUAGUGUGAUCUGCUUGUCGGAGUUGAAGAUGGGUUUUAUUGCGCAGAACUGCAUCGUCCCAGGUUUCUCCACGCUGCUAGCCAACCUCUUUAUCAAGAAGUCCCAACUGGAGCAUAAAACCGGAACUUGGCUUGACAUCUACAAAGAGGGACUCAGCCAGGAGAUUUACACCGAGUUUCUGUCUGAAAGUUUCAUAGGCAUGUCCUUUCAUUCUGUGUGCGAGUUGUGCUACAUUCGGUUGAAACUCCUAUUGAUAGCUAUUCAGUACAGGACUAGUACAGAUGAAAUCAGUAUAUUGAUCAACCCAGACUCCAGUUUUCUGAUUCAGGAACAUACACUCGGAUUCUUCAUCGCCAAGAAACGUAGCCUUGUACAGAGGGCAAACGUUUACUGCAAUGAAUGUCACAAUGAUAUUAUUGACCAGAGGCGGAUCAAGAAGUGUGCAUGCAAAAGAACACAAGACACUGAGAAGCUACGUUACUCUUUGAUCAGAACCCAGUCACUGGGUGUGCUGCUAAAGCAGGACACAUCACUGGAGAAGGAUGGAGCAAUGACAAAUAAAGAGAAAGUGAAAUUGGAUUCGACUGGCAUGUUCCACUGGUGCCCACCAAAGGGCAUCAAUCAAGUAACACUGAAUCGUGCGAUGGCAUCUAGACUGCAGCUGUCCAGACACGUGAUCGUCUGCAUCUUCAGUGAUGUGCAGUGCCCUGGGAUAGGCCUGCGCAACUUUGUCAUGCCUCUGCGAGCGAGCAGCUUCUCCUACGAUGAACUCAAGUCCAUUGUGUUUGUGGGAUCCCUGGAGUACAUAAACCAGGAGUGGUCGACCAUCAGCAAUUUCCCCAAGGUCUUCAUUCUGCCGGGAUCACCGUUAUGUCGCGCCGAUUUAAAAGCAGUCAGCAUCGGCUCCUGUGACAUGACUGUUAUCGUCUCAUCGAAUCGGACCAAAUUUCAGGAGAAGGCUCUGGAGGACAAGGAGUGUAUCUUGGCCACACUCAACCUCAAGGCACUGGUUUUUGAAGAAGCCAUGGAUUCCAACAAUCUGACCUCAGUAAUUUUUCCGGUGGCUAUUUGUCUUCUAGGAAAUGAGCUGCAUCCUGUGGAUUUUAUGCUCUUCGGGAACAAGCACUACUAUCGAACUCCCAUCAUCACUGCACUUGUUCACGAUUCCAAUGUCCACUUUUUGGACCAGGAGGACCGCGAUGAUCCGGAUACGGACCUUAUCCUCACACAGCCAUAUGCCAGUGGAUGUGUGUUUGUGUCCAAUAUUUUGAAUUCCUUGAUGUGCACCACGUAUUUCAAUGACAACAUCCUGAUGCUGAUACGCACCUUGGUGACGGGGGGCGGGUCCCCAGAACUCGAGGAACAGUUGGCUGAUGAGGAUGCCCUGAGGGGUAGCAUCCAUGCCCAGGGCAAAUCGGAGCAGCGAAACCGGUGCAAGCUGGCACGAAUCACUCUGUGUGACGAGCGCUUUUCAGAGUUUGCGGAUCGAGGAACGUAUGGGGAUCUGUUCUGCAAAGCUUUGAACGUGUAUGGGAUACUUUGCUUUGGGGUAUUUCGAUUGCAAGAUCCAAUCAAGCAAUCAAAGAAGCGAUUUGUUAUCACAAAUCCCUCCCCUUUAUUUGAACUUAAUGUGACAGACUUCAUCAUGUGCACUGUGCCCUUCUAUGACACACAAACCAUGGCUACCUCCACCUAUUGUCAGAAGAAUUUUUCAUCCAAGUUCAUCCCAUUGCACACAUUGACCAGGCGAACAUCCAUGAGGUUUACAAAAGUUCGACAGGGCACUUACGACUUGCCAAGUGAGUUAAGACCAAUGAAGGAUGAGAAGAGAUUAAGUGACGAUAAACAAAUGUUGAACUUAGGUAAAUUUCCUGAAGAAGGCUUACUGGCUUCGACCAAAAGUAAGCUGAAAAACUUAGAACAUACUAAGCUUGACCAGUGGAAGGAAAUUCUGAAAACUGGUGAUUGGCGUAAGCAUUCAAAGGAUUUAAGAAAAUCUACUGACAUCACAAUGUCUGUACAAUCAAUGGAAUUGGAAAAAUCUAGUGGAGAAGCCUCAGCCAGACAAUCAAGGGAAGGUCUGGAACUUAGUAGAGAAAUUGUAGCCAGUGAGUCAAAGGAAGAGUCAAAAUCUGGUGAAGAAACUGUAGCUAGACCAACAAAGGAAGAGACAAAAUCUGGUGAAGAAACCAUUGCUGAACAAUCAAAAGAAGAGCCAAAAUCUGGUGAAGAAAUUGUAGCUAUACCACCAAAGGAAGAGCCAAAAUCUGGUGAAGAAACUGUAGCCAGACCACCAAAGGAAGAGUCAAAAUCUGGUGAAGAAACUGUAGCCAGACCACCAAAGGAAGAGUCAAAAUCUGGUGAAGAAACUGUAGCUAGACCACCAAAAGAAGAGUCAAAAUCUGGUGAAGAAACUGUAGCUAGACCACCAAAGGAAGAGUCAAAAUCUGGUGAAGAAACUGUAGCUAGACCACCAAAGGAAGACUCAAAAUCUGGUGAAGAAACUGUAGCUAGACCACCAAAGGAAGACUCAAAAUCUGGUGAAGAAACUGUAGCUAGACCACCAAAGGAAGAGUCAAAAUCCGGUGAAGAAACUGUAGCUAGACCACCAAAGGAAGAGUCAAAAUCUGGUGGAGUUGGUACUGAAUGA